AACAAUCGAACGUUAGGAUGAACAACAGUAACAACAGCAACAAUAUCAACAGAGCACCGAUCGUGAACAAUGGCAGUUUAGCCGGGCCGAGCAGAGCAACAGCAGCAGCAGCAGCAGCAGCGGACGUGAGUCGUUUUCGUAACGGCGAUGGCUCCUCGGCGACUGUCGCUGCUGCCGUAGCCGCCGCCGCUGUUUCUCCUCGUAUCGCUGGCGCUGGAGGCGGAGGCACAACGAGUGGCAACAGCAACAACAACAACGGCAAUGCGACAGCCACGAGUAACAGCAGCAACGGCAACAACGACGACGACGAAGACGAUGCCAAGCUGGAGUUCAACGGCGAGCCGAUGGGCAGCUACAAUUGGAUGCUCUACCGUCGCUACGUGCGCCACGAGUUCAAGCUGUGCAAGCAGCUCAUCGACAAGGAGAUCGAGCAGUGGGGCGGCAGGUGCGAGUACGCCUAUCACAUGAGGGGCCUCAUCAUGCGUCGCGAGGGUAGGCUCCAGGAGGCCCUGGGCUGCUUCGUGCACUGCGCCAGGCUGGAGCCCGACAACGUCGAGAAUUACACGCAGAUCGCCAAGACAUUUUUUCUCAUGGGCGAUCAGAGAAAAGCUCUGGAGGCGCUCGAGCUGGUGGAAAAAAUCAUGGACCCGAUGGACGAUUGGGAAGUGCCUUACUACAUGGGCGAAUGCUAUCUGCGAAUAAAUAAAACGGACGAGGCGAAAGCUCAAUUCUUGCGAGCUUGCAAGAUUACGCGGAACGACGUGCCGUACGUGGCGCUGGCCGAGCUGCAGGUCCGGCUGGGUCACGUGGUCGACGCCAUCCAGGUCUAUCAAGAGGCUUUGACCAUCGAGCCCGACAACAACGAGGUGGCCGCGGAUCUCGGACUGCUCUAUCUGAGCCUCGGCGACUCGAGAAAGGCCUUCCAGCAGUUCGGCAAGGUACUGGCCGAGGAGCCCAGGUGCGACAGAGCGACUUUUUCCAUGGCUUAUAUUAUGCAGACUCAGGGCGAAUUCGACGUGGCUUUUUCCAAGUACAAAAUUGCCUCGAACUCGCUGAUGGAAUCUUGGGCUCUGUGGAACAACAUCGGCAUGUGUCUCUAUGGAAAACAAAAAUACGUCUCGGCCAUUACUUGUCUGAAAAAAGCGCACUACUUGAACCCGUUGGCCCUGCCGGCGGCCUGCAACUUGGGCAUUGUCUACUUGGCCACGGGACAAGCGGCCUCGGCUGCCAUUUACUUGUGCGCCGCAGUUUCCGCCGGUCCUGACAAUGCCAUGCCGUAUAUGCUUCUCGGAUUGGCGCUGAAGCGGCUGGACGAUCUCGAGGGAGCCGAGAAGGCGCUGGAAAAAGCUCACGCACUGGCGCCGCAAGACCCGCAAGUGCUCCUCAACUACGCGGUCAUAAUGGACGCGCUGAAAAGACACGAGCGCGCCAAGGAGUUUCUGAUUAUUUUGAACGACGUCACGGCACUCAUCGACGUCGAUCCUCAGAUAACGAAAAUGGCCAAACAUCUCGCGUCUAAAUUGCGAAUUAGCGAUCCAUCAUCCAGCCGCAUCAGCGUGAGCGGCGGCAGCAGUCCGACUGGCAUUGGUGGUGGUGGCGGCAGUAUCGGUGGAGGUGACAUUUCUCCGAGCCUUCAGCCAACAGCGGCAAGGACAACGACGAUGUCGAGGCUGUCGCCGAUGCUUCUUGCUCCGCCAGCGCCUCCUUCGCCCUUUGCCGACGAGAUCAGCAGAACUUUAUCCGAAGACGAGGUUUGAGGAGGCGAAGGAAGUUGAGUAGUAGAAUGCGCGAGAGAGAGAG